CUGCGCCUCGCGGCAACUCGAUCAUAUGCCGCCGCAUUAACCUUCACUCUCACUCCCUCACCGACCGAUUUUCCUUUCUACUUUGCUGCAAAUCCUCUCUCCCUCCAAAUCUCCGAUACCCACAGAGAGAGGGAGAGAUGGCGAGGGAUGAAAUCACUCCGCUGGGUACCCAUGAAGGAGGACAAGAAGAACAAGAGCGAGGUGCUGGGGGCAAGGUGAAGAGAUUGCUGCCGAGGAAACCCCCCGCAACUCCUUAUUCGCGGCCGCCGGAAACCUCUCGGCACCGUUGGAUUUCGAGGCUCAUGGAUCCUGCUUGCCGUCUCAUUGCUGGCCAAGCCACGCGGAUUUUCCCUUCCUUCUUCUCCAAAACCUCCGUCGCCCCUGCUCUUCCUGGCCCUACUCGUGCCGACGGGGAUCAAGGUAAAUGGCUGACAGGUGAAGAAACUCAAAGGGAUGACAGACAGGAAGGUGAUUUACAUCCCCUUACAUUUUUCGUGAGUAUGCUAAGUCUUUUGCAGGAUGGGACAACCAAAUCAGCUGAAACAGAAAGUACUGGUGAAAGAUAUAAUAAACUGAGCAGCAGUUGUGAUUUGGUUCUGCAUAAACAGGAUGAAAAAGGAGAGCAAUCUGAAAACAACAAGCUAUCUGAAAUUGAGCAACUGGUAAAAGGGAAAAGAUUUUCGAGAGACGAGGUUCACCGUUUGAUGGAGAUAAUAAAUUUGAGGGCAAGUGAGCUUCCUAAUGUUGUACAAGGAGAGGAAAACGCUAGCCUAACUGUUAGAAAUGACAACAAAGGAAUUGUUGUGUCACAUGAUGAUCCAAACAUAUCAAAUGAACAAAAACACGAAGACUUGACUGGAGCUUUAUGGGGAAGCUCAACACGUCUUGAUCGGUCAAAGGUCCAAGAUGAUAUUGGUGCCUCACCAGUUGAGAUUGCAAAGGCUUAUAUGGGUUCCCGUGCAUUUGAAGUAGGCCCCAGUUCUAAGAGCACAGUCCACACUGUUGAAAGCGGCAUGCUACAUGGUAAUGAAGCUGCUAUAAAGCCAUAUGUUCCAUCACUUUCACCAAAGACGUCAGCAUGUUGGCCAGGUGUCAUGGUGCAAGAUUCUUACACAACACCAUUAAGCCAAAGUAGGGGAUAUGGCCUUCAUAACUUCCCCAGAACGCCUUAUUCUAGAACAAUUUUAUCAAAAUCCAAGUCCAGGUCAAUUCACGUGCAAGGCAAUAACAGUCAUAUGUCAUCAACUCCCCUCCAUCAAUCACAGACUACUUUGUAUCUGCAGGAUAAAUCUAGAGUUGAUGCAUUUGAGGGUGGUUAUGGAUCUGUUGGACCCAUCCGUCAAAUUAGGCACAAGGCUGGUGCACAAUCUUCUUCAAGAAGGCCAGCUUACACACCUUCACCUCUGAAUGGCCCGGCCAGGAGGGAAAGUUCAGAUGUUCAUGAAGGUUUCUUGCCUGCUUUUACAAAGAAUUUGGAACCUGACAAGACUGGCGACACUCAUAAAUUCCACUCAUUAGAUAACAAGCCACAGGGUAGUGGGGUUGCUCUUCCAACAGUGCACAUGCAUACCAGUUUGAUGGCUAGGAGAAUAUUGGAGCAUAUUGAUAGAAAUCCUCCCACUCCUCAACAGAAAUCUGCAGAGCUGAAUCUGGCCACUAAAUGGAAGAAUCCCGAGUCUUCUGUUAAUGCCAAUGGUGUCUUGUCAAAUGAAAAUAAUGGCUUUCUGAAAUUAAAAGAUGCCAAUUCAUAUAAAUAUGAUGGGUAUGAUGGAAAGAAAUCCACUCUAAAUGAAAUUCAAGGGAGCUCCCAUGUUGAUAGUUUGAGUGCUGAUAAAUCUAUCAAUGUCAACAAUGCAACAUCUUUGCCAUCUGGAAUCAACGUUGGCAGUAGCUUCCUGAAAAUUGGAAGUGAUGCAAGGUCCUUGCAAAAUACUAAUGGCGCCCAAAAUUUUCCAAUGAAAUCUACUGAAGAGGAUGCAUCGAAGAUUGUCUCAUCUGUUAAUCAGCCUAGUGUGAAAAUUCAAGAGAAGAUACCUCUGUCCAACUACUCAAUUGGAAAACCGGUAUUACCAUCUAUUAACAUCAACAAGCCUGAGCCAAAGUGGACCUUGGCAUCUGAUAGAAGCUCAGGAUUUACCUUCCCGGUUUCUGCUGCCUCUUCUGUAUUCUCCGAGCCACCUACACCAUCCAUCGUGCCAUCGUUCUCCACUGGCGGUGACCGCCAAUCAAAAGAAAUUGCUACUGAACCUUCAUAUAGUUUUGGAUCCAAAAGAUCAAGUCCAGCUCUAGUGUUCUCUUUCCCUUCUACAAGCAGUACUGCUGUUCAGAAUGACGCUGGUGACAUAAAGUUCAGCUUUGGGUCCAAUGAUAAGGCUAGGCUUUCAUUUAGCUCGUUUGGUACGAAUGCCGUCUGCUGAAACAGGGGAAUUUAGGUUUCAUAAGUUUUCCGAUCUAUUUUUUCCCUCAGGCUAAUAGGCUUUCUUUUCUUUUCUUUCUUUCUUUGCUUUUUUUUUAAUACUCUUGUUGCCCAUCCUCUUAGCUGUUUGUACAGGCACUCUUGCUUUUGUUUUUCGACUGAAGAUACGAGUGAAUUAAAAAUUAAGCCUUUUUGAAGGGUUACAA